AUGCGUAGUAUUAAUGAUUUAAGUGUUGCUGCCUACUAUCCAGAAUAUGGAUACAUGCAUCAGAUGAUCAGGGUUGUGAUUGCAGAUCGUUCGAUCUUUGGCCCUCCUGACAACUACACAGCCUGCUACAUAAUACAUAGUACUUUCCCUAGGUUCAUAGCUAAGCUAGUUUGGAAAUACAUUCAAGCUCGGGGAUGGAGCUCCGGAGUUCGCGGAAACGGCAAGACUACUUACUUUGUACCUUUAGGCUGGCUAGCGAGUAAAGCUGGCGCCCGUUCCGGUUCCCAAGUCGCAUGGUUCCGCGUGUACUGGUUAGGGAUUAGUCUUGUCUCGUCUCGUCUAGUGGGCGCGUCGGGUCAGGUUGUCUACGCCAGUAGCAGCAAAGGCUUUGGGUUUGAUGAUGAGUCCCAGAGUAGGAGAGAAGGCCAAGUAAUCGCCUUGACUGGCUUAGAUUCUUCUCCGUUUGUGGGGAAAAGUGGGGCCGCUCAGAAUUAUCAAUCACUGAUCAGGCUGUUACCUGAUCGAUCAAAAAUGUCUGGGAAUCUCUCGUUGGAUGUGUUUCGGAGAGUGAGUGGGGUCUCUUCAUCCACCCAAGUGGUCCCUGGCAGCGAAUGGGCGUGGAGAGCGGGAACCGCGGCGGAAAAACAGCGCGCCUGGCUCGGCGAUGGGCGCUGA